UAAUAGUAAUAAUAAUUAUUAAAUAUCAUUGCUAAAUUUUCUUUCAGGUAGAUUAUUGCUGAAAAUACAUUCAGUAUAUUUACUUUUAAAGAAUAAAUAAUAAAUAUCGACAAAAUGUGGAAAAUAUUGAGGAACAAAACGGAAGUGAUAUCUGUGACGGAUUAAAAUAACUAAAAAUUAAAAACAAACUUUUAUUCAGUGCUUUACUUUUAUAACAUUUAUCAAAAUAAUUUUUGACAAAUUCAAAUUAAUACAGAUUUAUUUUUCACGCUAUUCACAAUAUUUUAAUUUGGCUUUGAUUGUGAGAAGUAGUUUUUUAAACCUAUAUUAUUUAUACAACAGGACAGCCAUGCUUUGUCCUUAAGGAAGUCAUAAGUUUUAUGUAAAAGACUAGAAUAAUAAUCAUGUUGUUUGUCAACUAUCAUGUCAUUUAUAAAAAAUAAACUAUGUAGAGAAAAAUAUUAUUAAUUAACUGCCAAAUCUAUAAUAGACACUGGAAAUACCCGAAUGAGGACAGGAACACAUAGAGUUGAAUAGUAAUUUGUUGUUACAGAAUUACAAUAAUGCUAUAUCGGUCUUGCAGUCUUCUAAGUUUUAUUCGACAAAAUGUCGUUUGUCACAGCACAGACCGAUUAUUCGUUGUGCACAUUGGAGUGGCUAAAAAGCACACCAGUAUUUUUAUCACAUCAAAAUAUGUUCACGUUAUAUCAAAAGCACAAAGUAUUGUCAAUAAUAAAAUGCCAGCCAGGAAUAUUGGCGAGCUACGAUGGAUUUAUUCAUCAGCCGCGAGAUUUAUAGCAGGAAAAAUUGAAGAAAAAUCGGAGAAGAUCGUCGAACAACCUCUGAAGCAGAAAGUAAUUGAACAUGAUAAGGAAAACUUGGGUAAAGUCAAAGAAAGAGACUUGGAAGUAAAAGUUGUUGCAAGCUUGGACGAUAUUGUCAAGAAAAAUGAAAAGUUUCUUAAAGACAACAAAAAAGAAGAGAAAAUUGCUGAAAAAGAAAUAGCGAAGGAUGAUAAUUCAGUUCCGAAAAAAGGAACAAAAAAGAGAGUGAAACUUGAUUUGACUGCUUCGUCGCUAGAACGAAAUUUCAUUACACCGGUGAGAGCGAUGUCGGAUUUUCUACUGAAACCCUCAGACUUAGAAUCACUGCCGAAAACAAAAAGGAGAUCGCCUUAUGAAUUUGAGCCGCCAAUCACUGUUUACUGGAGAAAGGAUGUUGAAGCUAAAGCAUUAGCAGUUUGGGGAUCUCAAGAAGCCCUCCUAAAAGAACUUCUGAAAAAGGAACUUGAAAUUAAAACCUAUCAGCAAAAUAUUUUUACAGUAAAGCGAAUGUUAAGGGACUAUCGGCGACAAGUUAGUAAUCAAACUCAAAAUGUUGCUCCGGAAGGUCUCUUUGGAAGAUCUGGAAGAGUUGUUGUCACUGCAAUAGUAAUAAAUGCUUGCAACUUUCUUUUCAAAUUGUUUGCCUGGCUUUAUACUGGAUCUCACAGUAUGUUUUCGGAAUGUAUUCAUUCAGCUGCUGAUACAUGUAAUCAAUUAAUUUUAGCCUAUGGAAUUCACAAAUCAGUUCAAAAUCCAAAUCCAGACCAUCCAUACGGAUACACAAAUAUGAAAUACGUUUCUUCUUUAAUAUCUGGUGUAGGAAUUUUUUGUGUUGGAACUGGUCUUUCCAUUUACCAUGGAAUGCAUGGUCUUCUUUUUCCAGAGCCAGUCGAUUCAUUCUAUUGGGCUUACUUCAUUUUAGGAGGUUCCUUGGUUUCGGAAGGCGCAACUUUAAUGGUGGCAAUUAAUUCCAUUAAAAAAGGAGCCUUGGAGAAGCGCCUGAAGUUUAAACAGUACGUUUUGUCAGGGUUGGAUCCCUCUGUUAACGUCGUCCUCAUGGAAGAUUUUGCAGCAGUAAUAGGCGUGGCAUGUGCUGCAUCUUGUAUGGGAUUAACUUCUUAUUUAGGAAAUCCGGCAUUUGACGCUAUCGGAUCACUUCUUGUUGGUGGACUUUUGGGCGGCGUAGCUUCAUUUAUUAUUUAUACUAAUGUCGCAGCUUUAAUUGGACGAAGUAUACCACAAGAAAAUCUUGACAAAAUAAAUGCCGAAUUAGAGUCUGAUAUUAUGGUGAGAGCCAUCCAUGACGUUAAGGGUAUAGAUAUGGGAAACAGUCUUGUGAGAUAUAAGGCAGAAUUAGAUUUUGAUGGCAGAGAAUUGACAAGAUCUUACCUUGAUAAACACGAUCUCAAUGCUAUGCUCGAGGAAGUAAAGAAAAUGCAGAAUAUUGAUGAACUUGAGGCAUUUCUUUUGAAGCAUGGUGAGAAUAUUGUCGAUUUACUCGGUGGUGAAAUCGAUAGAAUAGAAGUUAAACUUAAGAAAAAUCAUCCAGAAAUUCGACACUGUGAUCUCGAGAUUCUUUAAGAAUGUAAUCUACACUUUUAUCGAUCGAAAUAAUAAUGUAAAUAUUAAUUUUUAAUUAUAUUUAAAUAUCUUAGCGAUUCAUGACUAAGUGUAUUUGGUGAUUUGAGUGUCAGUUCGAUUUUGUAGCCACUCUCUUUAAUAAAAUGUUUAAGAAUA